AUGGCGACAAAGGCAGCGCCAGAUGCGCAGAAGGCCAAAGAUGCGCCAAACGCAGGCACUCCCAACCAGACUCUAUACGUCAAGAACCUGAAUGAAAAGAUCAACAAGAACGAGCUCAAACGGGCUCUGUAUAUGCUUUUCUCCACCUACGGCCCAGUUCUCGACAUUGUCACGACGAGGGUGGGAUCGAAAUGCCAGAACAUGCGUGGUCAGGCUCAUAUUGUCUACCGCGAUAUCCAAACAAGUACCCAGGCCAUGCGCGCCCUGCAAGGGUUUGACCUGUUUGGUAAAGAAAUGGUAAUUGUCUAUGGAAAGGGCCAGUCACAGAUUAUUCCGAAACUGCGAGGGACCUUUGAGCCACCUUCUACCUCUUCCUCCAAUAUUCCUGAAACCACUCAGUUACAGAAGUCGAUAUUCAAUGCUCCGCCGUCACAGUUACCCAGAAGUGCGGUGGAAAACGGCGUUAAGCCGACGGAGACGAACAUCAAUAACGCCGCUCACGGAACCAAGAGACCCCGUGAAGAGGAAGAGGAAGAUGAUAAUGAGGUGCCUAUGGAAGAGGAUGAGGACGAUGCUCCGAUGGAGGAGGAUGACGAUGAUUGA